AUGGCUUAUCUCGGUCUAGUCAAAACCGAGGGAAUGUUCACGGCAUAUCAGGACUUGGUGAAAAGUGAUUUAUUGCGGAUUAUCGAGGGCAAGCGGAAGGUGACGCUUCUCCUGACUUUCAUACCAGGGUCACUUAUAAUUUACUUCGUUAUGUAUCCCAAAACCACGUACAUAGUAAACGCGUCAGGGCUUCAAAACGUGGUCCACCCGGCCAUGUACUUCGACGAAAUCAAGCACCUUAUCGAACAGGAAGCCUCUGCCCAGGACUUCUUCCAUACGGUGACCUACCGCCGUUGGACGCAUAUCGGUGAAGAAACCGGCGCUCUGUGUAAGACGAUCGCCGUGGACAAGGUUUCGGUCAAAGUGCCAUCCAAAGAAAAGGAUGCGCGCAUUGUGUUCGGUAAGUAUGUGGGAUAUUGCCCGGAAUACAAAUUGGUGACCAUCUUUGAUACCAUGAUGAAAAUCGUCACAACGACGAAUGCGUGUUCAUUUGUGGAGUGCGAAGUUGGCAGAGGCGAAUGGCCUCAAGUGAUUCAGCAGCUGCCCAUGUCGGUGUAUUUUGUGGUUAUGACUCUGAGCUGGAUCAUAAGAGUGUUGAGCCCCUGUUACAGCCCAUCUAGGCAUGGACUUCCAUCCGGAGGAAGAGCUGACUAG